CUCACACAGCAGCAGCUUCUCUCAGCCUCAGGACGGAAAACUUUGCGUUUCUUGCCUGAAGUUUCCCAGAGUUCGGCCGGAUUUGCUCGGACUUGGAUAAUAUUUACAGGGGAACUAAGGGCCCUAGUGGGAGCCGUUCCCGGGUUACAGGAGACGCGCACUCAAUAACCCUUGUAAUCCACUGCUGCUUUCCGUGGAACGGUUAAAAUGACAUGACAUUUAAGGACAGAAAUGUGAAAAAAACUGACCUUACCCUGAGUGCAGCAUGGAGCUUAAAGUCUGGGUUGACGGAGUGCAGAGAAUUGUUUGUGGCGUUACAGAAGUGACUACAUGCCAGGAAGUCGUCAUCGCGCUGGCACAAGCCAUCGGUCGCACAGGACGAUACACCUUGAUAGAAAAAUGGAGAGACACAGAGAGACACCUGUCGCCUCAUGAGAACCCUAUAAUUUCAUUGAACAAGUGGGGGCAGUAUGCAAGCGAUGUACAGAUUAUACUGCGGCGCACCGGGCCCUCUCUCAGCGAGAGACCCACAUCAGACAGUAUUUCUCAUAUACCUGAAAGAACUUUGUACAGACAGAGUCUGCCGCCACUAGCCAAACUAAGACCACAGAACGACAAGUCCAUAAAAAGACGGGAACCCAAGCGAAAAUCACUGACUUUCACUGGGGGAGCCAAGGGGCUUAUGGACAUUUUUGGUAAAGGUAAAGAAUCUGAAUUCAAGCAAAAAGUUCUUAACAAUUGUAACACAACAGCUGAGGAACUUAAGAGGUUGAUUCACCUUCAGAACGAGAAGCUCUUGACGCUUGAGAAGCAACUGGACUCAAAUGAAGCUGAAACAAGAUAUUGGGAGCAAAAGCACAAAUCAAACUUGGAAGAGGAGAUUAUGAGACUUGAUCAAAAGGUCAAAAGGAACGAGGUGGAAAUUGAGGAAGAGGAAUUUUGGGAAAACGAGCUGCAGAUUGAACUGGAAAAUGAAAAACAGCUGAAAGAUCAGCUUCAAGAGAUGAAACAAAGGAUUGUACAGUGCGAGAACCAGCUGAAAGACUACCAGAGCCAAAUACAUCAUAUAGAGAGCGGGAUUGAGGCCGAAAAGCUUCAGCUGGAGGUUCAGGAAUCCCAAAUUAAUGAGGAAAUAGUAAAGGGAAAGAUUGAAAAGAUCAAAGGGGAGUUGGAUGCCCAAGGGCAGGAAAGUCUGCGGCUGGAGAAUGGCAGCAAGGCCGUGGAGAGAUCAUUAGGACAAGCCACUAAGCGGUUAAUGGAUCGCGAGCAAGAACUCGAGCAGCUGACUAAAGAGUUACGCCAAGUGAACCUGCAGCAAUUUAUCCAGCAGACCGGAACUAAAGUGACUGUGCUGCCAGCAGAGCCAAGUGAAGUGGAAUUCCCGCAGCCAGAAAAAGAGCCAGCAUUUCAGUCAGGAUCACUGAAACGACCUGGAUCUGCGCGACAACUGCCCAGCAACCUGCGGAUUCUGCAAAACGCGUUGUCGUCUGGUUUUAACCCGGAGGGAAUCUAUGUAUAAUAUUUACUUCCUAGGAGGGUUAUCCGUGACACAACCUAAGACUUUUUAUUUCGCCAUUGCCAAACAAAAUGAAUUCACUUCCUGACCACUAUAUCUGGGCCCCAUAACCUGCCAGGAGCCAUACUAACUGCACUGACUCUUUAGGCACAAAAUGUAGAAUGGAAUGGUUGUGAAGCCAAAGCAAUAUGGAAUUGCUAGAGUAUUACUUUACCGUCACCAUCUUUAUUAACUUUACAAAUAAUAAGUAUUAUUUAAUAUGUAUGAAAUCAAAGACUGAUUUAAACAGGGAAAACAUGUUGUCAGUAAGUGACUGGUUUAUAGAGAAGUGUAUGUAUAUAUGUGUGUGUGUGUUUAUAUAUACAGUAUAUAUAUGUAUGUGUGUG